GCAGUCAGAUUCAGUCUGGAUAUGGCGUCGCUGCACCGACACGGGAUGAAUUUUCACCUCUCCGUGGGAAUUUGCCAGUCGCGCACCGGGACGGCACUUCUUGGUUUUUGUCGCUGUUAAUAGGGAUCAUACAUGGCGAUGGAGGACGAGGAUAAUCACACAGCGGUCGUGGCGACUAACACCCAAACGGGCAUCAAGAAAGGAGGUGAUGUCGGAGAUAACGGGGCUUGCAUAGACAGGCAGCCGGACACGGUGGUACACCAAGCGGGGCUGAAUCAGACUGCAGGUCGCGGCAGCCGCAGUGGUCCGGGAGCUCAUGCUGCAACGGGGAUCCGAGUGCUAAAGCGCAACAUGAAGCGGAAUGGGAGUCGUGGCUGUGUGACGAGAAAGACCAGAUUUGGAUCAAGAGAGCGGGACUGGUUAAAGGGGGACACCCAGCGUGGCUGUGUGUGUCUAUAUGGGGGGACAGUGGACCCCCAGCCACCUGCCUCUGGCCCACAGGCCUCCUCCACCCCUCAGACAGACCUGCAGUUGGUGCUCUGCUCCACCAGUACCACAGUGGAGGAACUGUGUGCUCAAAGAAAUGGAAAGGGACUCUAUGUUCAGCUGCAUGGAGACCUAGUCAGGAGGCUGGACCCCUCUGAGCGUCCACUCCAGAUGGUGUUCGACUACCUGGCAGCAAUGGGCUAUGCAGAGCCUGUACGAGUGCAGCAAGAAGCAGCCAACUCAGACCUCAGCUGUUUGAUCCGUUUCUACAGUGAGCGUCCAGUGAAUGCAGACCAGCAGGAGCGGACCCUGCUGAAAGGCGUAUUCAGCGUCAGGAAGGGCAAGUCGCAGCUGCACAAGUGGGCAGAGCGGCAGGUCAUCCUCUGCGGCACCUGUUUAAUCGUGGCCUCCGUCAAAGACAGCCUGACUGGAAAGAUGCACAUCCUGCCCCUGGUGGGGGGAAAGGUGGAGGAGGUGAAGCGGAGGCAGCACUGCCUGAUGUUCAGCUCAGCCGGAUCACAGGCCCAGACAUACUUUGUCAACUUCGACACACUCGCAGACUACCAGCGAUGGCAUCGGCAGGCAUCAAAAGUGGUGUCUCAGACAGUCAGCUUGGUGGACCUGUCCUGCUACAGUCUGGAAGUAGUGCCUGAAUAUCUAUUUUACUGUCAGGAUAUCACCCACCUCAACCUGAGACACAACUUCAUGAGCCUUCAGGGGCCUGGAGGCCUUCUUAACCUCCCCAGGUUUUCUCAGCUGAAGAGCCUGAACUUGUCUCACAAUCGUCUGGGUGUGUUCCCCGAAUGUGUGUGUGAGAUCCUCACUCUGACUGAGCUCAACCUCUCCUGUAACAGUCUCCACACCGUCCCUGUGCAGAUAGGCAACCUUCAAAGCCUGCAGACGCUUUCUUUGGAUGGAAACCACCUCAGCUCCCUGCCUGAAGAGCUGGGUGGCCUGUCCCAGCUCAACAGCCUAGGGCUCUCCUUCAACAACUUCUCUCACAUCCCUGCUGUGCUGGAGAGGUUGAGUGCAGUGGACAAGCUGGCUAUGGCUGGGAACAGAGUGGAAAGUCUGGAGUUGUGUACUCUGGCCAAAAUGAGCCACCUGAAAAACAUCGACCUCCGUUUGAACGGGCUGCGCUGGGUGAAAAGUGAGAGUCUAGAGGCAGUGAGCCAGGUGACCCAGCUGGACUUACGGGACAAUUGCUUGGGCUCACUAGACCUGAGCUCCGUCUGCAACCUGGAGACUCUGCACUGCCAGCGCAACCAGCUGGGGACACUCACGCUCAGCGGUUUCACACUGCGCAUGCUUCAUGCCAGCAGCAACCGCCUUACGACAGUCAACAUCUAUCCAGUCCCUAACCAGCUGACACACAUGGACCUAUCACAGAACCUUUUGGAGUACCUUCCGGACUGGGUGUGUGACUGCAGAAAAAUUGAGAUGCUGGACGUCACGCACAACCUCCUGUCUGAGCUUCCUUCCAGACUGCUCAACAGCUUGAGUUUGAGAAAGCUGCUGGCGGGGAACAAUCAUUUGCAGAGAGUGCCUGACCUACUUGACCACAUCCCUCUGGAAGCCCUAGACCUCCAGCACAACAAGCUAGCCGAGCUCCCUGAGAGUCUGUUUUACAAGGCCUUAAACCUAAAAUACUUAAAUUUGUCAGCCAAUGCAUUGGAAAGUAUUCCUCCCAGCAGCCCAUCAGAGGAGAGCCUCAGCACGCUGCAGGAGCUCUACCUGACGGGGAACAUCCUGAAUGAGAACUGCGGUGCUCUGUUGGUUGGACACCAGAACCUGCGGGUCCUUCACAUCGCCUACAACCAGUUGCUCUCCUUCCCUGCCAGUAAGCUGAGUAAGCUGGAGCUGCUGGAGGAGCUAAAUCUAAGUGGCAACAAGCUAAAGACGAUCCCCUCCACUGUGUCCAGCUGUAAGAGACUGCACACCCUCAUUGCACACUCCAACCACAUUACUGUCUUCCCAGAGAUCCUCAACCUGCCCGAGAUCAAGCUUGUGGAUCUGAGCUGUAAUGAGUUGACUGAGAUCCAGCUGCCCGACUCGCUGCCUGCCACUUUGCAAGAGCUGGACCUGACAGGCAACAGCAGCUUGAUCCUGGAACACAAAACUCUCAACCUCUUCAGUCACAUCACCACCCUGAAAUUAGACCAGAAAGCCACCACGACAGCAGGAGACUCACAGAGUGCCUCCACUCCAUGGAAACACGGUUACUCUGAAAUGAGCGGACAAAGGAACAAGUUGUGUGUGUCUGUGCUGGCUGUAGACCGAUUUGGAGACGGUGUGGAAGCAUGUUAUGGCAUCUUUGACGGAGACCGCAACGAGGAAGUGCCUCGACUGCUACAGUGCACCAUGGGAGAUGUGCUGUGCGAGGAACUGCAGCACUCCAGUACUGACAAUGUGUACAUGUGCAACACUUUCAUCACCUCACACAGGAAACUAGGAAUGGCUGGCCAGAAACUGGGUGCUUCUGCCUUGCUGUGUUAUAUUCACCAUGAGCCUUCAGAUCCAGGAGGCUACUUGAGCCUCACUGUGGCCAAUGUGGGUACCUGCCAGGCAGUGUUGUGCCGGGAUGGGAGACCUGUACCUCUCUCCAAGGUUUACAGCUUGGAGAACUGCACUGAGGAGAUGGAGAGGGUUAAACUCAGUAAAGCCAUCAUUACCGAGGAUAACAAAGUGAGUGGAGUGACAUGCUGCUCUCGCCUGCUGGGCUGCUCUUAUCUGUCUCCCUGGGUGCUUCCAAAGCCCUGGGUACACACUGAGCCUCUCUGUUCCCAGGAUGAGUUCUUGAUCCUGGGGAAUCGAGCGCUGUUUGAACGGGUCUCCUACCAGGAGGCCGUGUGCACUGUACAGGCUGUGCGGGAUCCUCGCGCUGCUGCCAAGAAGCUGUGUUCACUCGCUCAGAGUUAUGGCUGCAAGGACAACAUCGAGGCUGCAGUGGUAUCCCUGCAUAUUGGUGAGGACAGCUGCACCUGUGAGCUACCUGUCUCCACCACUGAACCACGGGGUCCCCCUCCCACCCCUGUGCCUGUGCCUGUGACCGUGACCCCAGGUCCUAGUGACCCAGCCACUCUUUCAUCCAGCAGUGGGGUUGUCUCUGAGUUCAACAGUGAGACAUCAGCCUCAGAGGUGGGCAGCGAGGCGGGGUCCACCGCUUCAGACGAGCACCCGUCCUCUGGCCCCGCAGCCCGUCCAGAGAGACGCUGUAGCCUACACCCUGCUACAACACUGUGUGGGAUCAUGGUGCCAGGCUCAGUUGUGGCAGGAACCCACCCAGGCCUAUUUCAGCGGCAGCCCUCCUCUGCUACGUUCUCAAGUAACCACUCUGACAACGGCCUGGACAGUGAUGAUGAAGCUCCGCUUGAGGGUGUAAUCUCCAAUGGCAGCAAGUUAGAAGUGGAGGUAGACAUUCACUGCUGUGCUUUCCAACUACGGUCAGGGGCCCCUGAGAGCCCCAAAGACUUGGACCUUGAAAAGCGAGGCUCUGACUAUCCCAAUGGCAAAAUGCGCAGACAGAACAGCGUGGUGGUUUCUGCUACGAACGGCUGCCUACUGGCUGUAUGUGGGAGAGAGAUUACAGACCUCAAAAAGUCUCCUUCCACAUCGAGUCUGUUUGCGAAGAAGCUGUCCAAUGGCUCGGUUGUAGCCCCUGAGGACAGUCAUAAUCUCAUCGAGGUGGCCCUGGAGGCUCCUAAGAAGAAAUCUGGCUACUUCACUGCCCCAGCACAGCAGGACCCUGAGGACCAGCUCAUUGUGCCUCCUAGUCUGGAGCAGGAAGUCAGGGAGCAGCUAAGAGGCCAGAGCCCUCUAGUCUCAGGCCCCCCCUUGCCAUCCAUACCCCCUUCCUUAAAAGACCCCGUGUGGGAUCAUCCACACCCCCCUGCAUUUGCCUCCAACCUGGUCCCAGGUCCAGGCCCGACCCCCAUCCUUCAGCAGGAAGUCUACGAUACUGCCCUCUAGAGAUGGGGGACACAGCACAGCGCCAUGUGACUGGAAUUCUGUGAAUGUGCCAUUCCAGGGAAGAAGAGGAAAUUUUUCUCAUACAUGGGGGAUAUUCUAAUUCAAGUUGCCAUUCAGAUAUUUUGUGAGGACAAGACAAACCUGUGGGACCUUGAUAGUCACUAAGUGAUGCUACGCCAUUAAUGAGAGGUAAAAAAGGGUUUCUGUGCAUGGUCUGAGUAUCAACAAAAUGCAGGCGACCAAAAUCCCAAUUCAUAACAAGACGUUGUGAAAAGGACCGCCUAUCACAGACCAAAAAAGCCUGACUUGAGAUGGGAUAUCUCAUGUGUUAAAACAUGUCAGCAACAUUUCCCUUUACUUGGAAAGCAAGCAAUCUAGAGGGUGUGUACGGGAGAUUGUUUUCAGUGAGGUCGUAUAUCCUCUCCAGGGGCUCCGUGGUCUCUCAGGUCCUGGAGAGAAGCCCUGUGACUGAAACUUGAAAAAGUGCCUACUGCAGACGACUCAGCCUAGAGCUCCCCCACAUCCAGGCUGUGUUUGGGGAUGUGAGCUUGUUAGUUAAAUUCGGAGGAGGGACAGUGUCUCCAAGAGACCAGCACUGGCACAGCUUCUGCUCUCCUCCUCUUUCUGUGGCUUACAAAGGAAAUCAGACAGUAUAAAUGCUUGUAAGGCACAUAGGACUAGAAGAUGUGAAGACAAAAUAACUGCAUUUACAUCAAAGGGAAUGCUGUGGUCGGGUUUUAUUUUUAGCGUUCCCACACAAUAUGUAUAGAAUCUUCUAUAUAGGAUAAAUUAAUUCUAUACAGUAUAGUACACACUCAAAAACUAGCAGCCAGCUGAUGUGGUGUGCUUGAGCUGCUGACACCGAGGCUGAAAACUAUUGCUAUUUAGAGCAAUGCAUUUUGAAUAGCUGUCCAAAAUAAUAUCAUAGUUAUUCAACUGUACAGAGCGGAUGUGUUGUAGAGUUCAAAAAUCCUUAUAACUAUAAUCUGUGACAGUGCAUGAUCAAAUGAUCUCCUUAAAAACUACAUAGGAAAUAAAAGUUUAAUUUAAAUUUAGUCUGUUUAUGGUCACUGGACCCCAGGAUGUUUGGACAUCAUUCUUCAUUUGAACAAACCACUCAAGGCACAAAAGCGAAUCAGUAAUUAUACAGUGUACUGUCGAGAGAUGAAGGAUAGAUACAGUAUUUGUAUGUACUGUAUGUUAUGAUACAUGUCCACUGGUACUAAGAUUGUACAUUUUAGUAUAUCCAAACUUUGGAGGCUGCUACCCUUUUAAAUAUGUAAACAUCCAUCCAUGUCCUGCGGGCAGAUCCAGUUAUUGACAUUUCUUACAUCUUAGCCAAUCUUUUUUUCAGCUUCGCUCUCCAAUACACUGCCCACACAUCCAGAUGACUUUCAGGGUGUGGUAUUUUGGCCAAUUAUAAACAGAACCAAAACCCUACUUUCUUGUACAAUCUGGUCUGUGCACAUGAGAUGUCACAGUUAACCCACAGUUCUACAAGUACACAGAGAGAUUUGGGAUAUAGAAACAGAUUAAGCCUUGCUAUAUUUGAUAUAUUUCUGUUUUUCACUCCCACAUAUCGCAUACAUACUAUUUCCUGAUCAGGCAAUGCUUCUGUAGAGUUCAGAUCACAGAGUUUAUGGAAAAAAUGGUUGUCAGUGCAGCAGAAGCAGUGUAAGGUGCUGCAACAUGAACUGGUUCAGUCUCUCAGUAUAAGUAAGUAAUGCUUUUUUCUCAUUAAAGGAGCACUUAAUUCCCCAAAUGACCAUUUGUAUG